AUUAUCAAGGCAAGUAUCAAAUCAAGGUUGUAGUGAAAAGUUUGCAGAUUUUUGUGUUAAUGUUUAUACUUUAAUUUAAUUCAAUUUUAUACUGUCAUCAGUUAUUUUCUUGUACUAUAUUAUGUAAUGAAAUUUUUGAAUUUAUUCGUGGAUUCUAUUUUGACCAAGUGCUAUUAGAAGUGCGCUAAUUCCAUCCUGGUUUUAAGUUUGAGGUAGAUCUUGAUAUGAAAAAGAAUGCAAAAUACAAGAAAGUUGAAGGUCACCGACCUGAAUCCUCAAUUGAUAUGUGUGCUUUGCGGUGGAUAUUAUAUAGAUGCAACAACAAUAAUCGAAUGUUUUCAUUCAUUCUGUAGAAGCUGUAUUGUCAGAUACCUAGAAAGUAACAAGUACUGUCCAAUAUGUGAUGUUCAAGUGCACAAAACACGACCACUUCAGAACAUAAGACCAGAUACUACUCUUCAAACGAUUGUGUAUAAAUUGGUGCCUGGACUCUAUCAAAAUGAAAUGCGAUGUAGACGAGAGUUUUAUGCUAAGCACCCAGAAGCAAAAGUACAAGCGCAGAGCCCUGAAGCAAGAGGAGAGCUUACAGAUCAAUCACCAAUAUUUCUUCCCGAUGAUCAAAUAAGUAUUUGUCUAGAAUAUAUGGAUUCUUCAGAAUUACAACAGGGAACUUACGGAAGAAGAUAUUUACGGUGUCCAGCUGCUGUAACUGUGCUCCAUCUUCACAAGCUGAUUAGAGCCAAAUUCGGGUUGACUAGUCAUAAAGUGGAUGUGAUGUAUAAAGAAGACAUUCUUCUUGAAAACUGGACGUUAAUGGAUGUGGCCUACAUCUACCAAUGGAGAAGGAAGUGCCCCAUCCAUCUCACUUAUCGUAUUCUCGAAAUUAGGAGAAAACGAAUGAAUGUGCCAAUCGAGACUGGCCAAUCAUCAGCAAGUGAGUCGACAGCAGCAAAAACGCCGCGCAAAGAGAAUGAUACGUCCGUCUGCUCGGCCAAUCAGCAGGCAGCUAGUGAUUUGGAAAAAUGCCCCACAUAUCAAUUACGUAUUAGUGAAAAUGGUGUGAUGAGUGUAGCAGGAAUCGAGAAUGCAAACAGGCUGCUUGCUCCGCCACAGUUGGUCAACGUCGACGAUUUCGAAUCAUCAGUUGUCAAAGAAACCAUCGUCAACAAUAAAAAUAGUUCAGAAACUCCAAGUAAGACCGAAGUCAACGUAAAUAGCAUAACUACUGCUAAAGAUUCAACAUCAAUACCAACUUCAAAUUCAUCAUCAUUGACCACAUCAUCCAAAUCAUCGUCUUCUACAUCUACCACAAUAUCAACAUCUACUUCUACAUCUACCACAACGUCAACAUCUACUUCUACAUCCUCUAGUGAAGCUCAAGCUGUGACAAGUUCUGCAGUAGGAGAUAAUAGAACUAAAAUAAGUGAAUCCGUUGAUUCUCCCAAAACAGCUUUAAAUUCAUGUUCUGUAAAGUCAUUAGUUCAAACACAAACAUCAAAUAAUGAGCCUACUAAACCAAAGGAUAAUAACAAUGUUAGUAACGUGAAAUCGGCUAAUAAACCUACCGAUAGUAUUAAAGUUGGGAAAAUGAACGUUUCAAUCAAAGCUGAUGCCAAUUGUCGCGAAGAUAACUCACUAUCUAAAGAAGAAGCAUCUAUAAGGGCAGAUUCAGUUAGCAAUUCGAAGAAAAAUACAUCAAGAGAGACAACAAAAGAUGAAGCACCAACAAAAUUGUCGAAAGACAUCAGCUCCAAUCUGGUCGAUAUUUUCGCUUGUGAUCCACCGCGGCCUCCAAAUACUCACAAAGUCUAUCCUGGUGUCAAGGCCACAUCGACACCCAUCACUGCACCACUUGCUAAAGAUGACUCCUCUAAACAAAAUAUACAAAAAACAAAUGCCGCCACUCAAUUGAAACCCACACCAAUGGAAAUUCUGAAUGCAGCUGUCCCUAAGAAAACGCCCAACAAUUCUGCUUCCAAGUAUAAAACAUUGAAAUCUCCCACCACUUCAUGGAAUCCAACAAUUCCACGUUCUACUAUUCUUUCCAUGAAGCAUUCACCAGCAGCAGUCAAUCAAAGCAAAGACCCAAAUCCAGUGUCGGGAUCAGACGUAGCUAAUCCUCCUCCAGCCAAACAACCAAAGUUUUUCAAACAGAGGAAUAUGCCAAGAUUUUUGGGAAAUCCAGCUUCGGGUGUGAAACCAAUGUAUCAGGUAGCUCCCGGUACGGAAAUUGUUAGUCAAAAUCCAAGUACUGGUACAUCUGCAACGGCUUCUGUCCAAAAAUCAGCCAAAACAACAAAUUCGAGUAUUACGCUGAUGAAGAUUGAUCCGAAAACUCUGUGCCCAAUACCAGUGAAUCCUGUUUCCCAUGUUCUCAGUAGCCCUCCGAAGACCACCUCUUCCCCGCCUCCAAAAAAGCUGCCUCCGCCUUACACACCUGGCUCUCCAAAGACUACAAACCAUUACACGAGCGCCAGAACAGUGCAUUCGAAUGCUAGUGCUACUAAAUCACCGGUGCCAAGAAUUCCAAGUCCUGCUCAUACGGGAGCGGGAGCACUGAUGCCGUCGAAUCCAUUCAUGCACAGCAACCCGCACCUGUUGUACGGCGCAUUCUCGGCAGCGCCAUUCGCAGCCAGCGACCCAACAGCACCCAACACUCAGCUCAUCCGCGCCAUGUCUGCACUAGGCGCCGCCUACCACCCCUCGUUGCCCCCCUCAAUCAGCAUGCUCUUCAACCCCCACCACCCGCAUCACCGGCUCACCCAAGUCGACAGGGCUGCCUUCAAAACUCUCACCGAAGACAAGCAGGCCCUUCCCUCCCCACCGGCUGUACAGAGGAUACCUCCGUCUAAAGGUUCUUCAGACCCAUCCACGUCACAGGCUAAUUCAACAGUAACUAAGAAAGAAAAGGUUGACAGUGAUAGGACAAGAACAUCUCCAGUCACCACUGACCAACCAAAGAAAAUGGAAUCUGCUGUUGAUACUAAACCGCCACCCGUAAGUGAACCCGAAAGCAAACCUGCACCAUCAGCUGCUGAUAGUAAAAGUGAAGCUAAGUCCUUGCCUAAGUCAAAGUCCGUGGAGAAUAAAGUGAAUGUAGUUGAUGGUAAUUCAGAAAGCAAAUUGGUUUCCAAUGAUGAUUCUAAAAAGAUAUCCAAUUCUAAAAGUACCGUAAACAUCAACUCCAGAAAAGCAGAAAAAUCUUCGGCAAAUGAGAAAAAAGUUGAUUGCACCAAUUUAAAAGAAAAAAAAGAAAUUCCAAAAAACAAUAACUAUACUAAUAAGGCAUCAUCUUUCCCAGAAGGUACAAAAGGUAAUAUUAUGAUUUCUACCGAAAGUUCUUUGAAGGCCUAAUUUUGAAACUAAUCGAAAUGUUUUGAUUGGUGGUGAGUAGCUCAGCCUCCUGUUAGGAGAAGCAAGAUUAAGCUACAAUAAGGUAUAAAGAAAAAAGUAAAAAGUUCUACUUAUUUAUAAGAGUAGAUUAGUUAAUUCAUAUCUCACUUCAUGAAUAACAAAUACAGUCCAACGUCUAAAGAAAUUUUAAAAAGAAGAUUCACUCUCACAUGAUAUUCACUUUAUAAUAUUGAGUUGAUUUAUUAUAUUAGAGGUCCACCUCUCUCAACUGUAUUUAUAUUGUUAACACUGACUUUCAUUCUAUCUUUUGAGAUUCAAUAUUUUCUAUCUUUAUGUGAAAACGCCCUACAAUAUUUUUCAUAUAUUAUUCUUGCAACAACUAAUGAAUAAACAAAUGAAAACAUUAAUGACAGAAAUAUCAAAAAUAAAAAUUUAAAUUACUAUUAAUAUAUGUAAAUAAAGAUAAUACAGUAAGUAAAUAUCAAUAAUAAUAAUAAUGAUGACAAAAAAUAUAAUAUUGUGUGAUGCCGAUUUUUUUGAACAAUUUCCAUUGUCCGAUUGUGCCUUGAUCGUCAAUUUUAAAAUGAGAAUGAUAAAUGUGUAAAUUUACACCUAGGCUGUGUUCAUAACUAAAUUGUAUAUAAGUUGAUAUACAUUAUAAUCUAGUUGGAUUGAUAUUUUGUAGUUUGAUAAAAUAAUUAAUAUGGUAUUGGCAAAGAAUUGAAUAAUUUUUAGCUUCUGAAUUUUAAGUAUAUAGUGGUCUAAAUAUAUUGUGAAAGUGAUUUAUUGAAAAAAAUUGAAAUGAGUUAGUGUAUUGAAUAUAAGCUUUUAUACUGGAAGGCUCGUUGAGUCCGUAUUGAGUUGAAUUUCUGCAUUUACUAAAGGGUUUUCUAUUGAGCGCUCUCCAUAUUUAAAAUAAUUGAAUUAAACAAGCUGUGUGUGAGAUAUUGAUGCUAUCUCUGUUUUGUUUAGAAGGCAUUUAAAUGGAAUAUGAUAACUUUAAAAUGGUCGCGGUGGCGGGGAUCCGAAAAGUCUCUUCUUUCAUUAAUGUGGCGCACAAUUCGGGCUGAAUCUCACUGAUGUCUUUAAUAAUGUUUUUGGCUAUUGAUGGUCCACGGCUUUCUGGCAUAGACCUAUGACUAAGCAUAGCCCCACAAAACAAGUUUAGAGGAGUCAAAUUUCACGAUCUUAGUGGACAGUUGACAGUGUCUCUGCACGAAUCAGCCAAGUUUGGAAAUCGCACAUCCAGAAUGUUAAUUGGUUUGUGGUCUGUCUGUUGAAAUCACAUAUUUCCAACAUUCCUAUCGUCCAGCUUAGGCUACAAGUCGAUAAUCAUUGGCUGUAUUCGUCUAGAUGAAGUCAGAGAUUCCGAGUUCUUUUACACGACGAUUGCCGAAGAUUAUCCAACACAUUCUCAUGCAUAUUCAGCGACAAUAUUCUUGGCAGAUUUUUACGAAUCAUUAUUUAACAGUAAAACAUUAUACGUUUCACUCAACAGAGCCACUGUAUCACAAGAAACGUUUAUACUUUGCUUUUAAAACGCAAUAAUAUUAUUGUAUAUAUUUACUUACUGAAAUUCAUUCUAGAAAAUAGAACAUUGAUGAAAAAACUUUACUUCUGAAAGGUGGUAACUGCAAGAUGGUAUUCAACCAUCAAUCAAAUUUUUCACAUUGCACUUCAUAACAGUUCGAGAAACCUAUGUGUCAGUUAUUUUUACAAAAACAUAUCAGAUAAAAACUGGACUAGUAUUUCCUUGGCAUUAAAGUGAAGGCAGGGGUAUUGAUGGUCGGUGGGCUGGGGCAAUAUAUGCACUGUGCGAUUGGCUGGCAACAUUCAUUGGUUGCGGGCUUAUCCACUGCUGCUGCCAUGGUGACGUAGCUGAAGCACUUGAGACGCCUAGUGUCAAUUAUCACCUUGGCGCUUUGCAUCUUCCCAUACUUGGAGAGCCUUAAAUCAAUAGCAGGUUUAUCAACCCUCAGAUUUUUCACCCACAGACUUUUAUUCGCAGCAUCAUCAAUCUUUGGUUUUCCUUUUGAUGAAUCAGAGGUACUCUUUCCUUUGGAAUAAUUUUCCUACUCCUUUUCAUUUUUCUCUCUCUUUCCUUAUCUUACUGGUGUUUUUGCGCUUGGUUAGUGGAAUUUUGAUGACUGAUCCCAUCGGACCUCCCAACCAGUUUACCAGUUACCAGUUCACUUAAAUCUGCUCACCACAUUGCGAUUAGUCCUCUCGGUAGGAUGAUUUUUGUAACCAUAGAAUGGGCGAAGCUUUUGUAACAUUAUUUGCUUAGAGCAAUUAUUGAGAAUGCAAUAAUUUCAUAGUUUGUAUUUGUUAUAUUCUAUAAGGCUGGCUUCUCACUGUUGAUUUUUUCGUCGGCCGAUAGUUCCCAAAAAGAUGGAACAUGUACUUUUUUAAUGUAAGUCUUCAGACUGUCAAUGGUGUUGGAAAAAUCUUGCGAGAAAAUAGAACCUGUCCUAUUUUCAGAGGAGAGCGAUAGUAAUGGCGCAUAUGCUUCUGCAUACAAACUUUCACACUGAUAGAGUUUAGUCACCGGAAUCCAUUCUUCACAACUUUCGGAGGGUCACUAGCCUUUAUUUGCCUGCUUAUUGUUUCCCUAUAUCAAAAAACUCCAAUCGUUAAUUUUGAGAUAUUUAAUUUUUUUUAAUAUUAUAAUAAUCUACUCGACUCACUGAGUCCAUAGAAGUUUGAAUUUUGUUUCUACGACCAAAAAUAAUAAUAUUUAAAAGAAAUCGAAAACUUGCUAGGUCUAAGAAUCAACAAUGUGAAGACCCAAAGCGAUUUCUCCCAUUUCACGGUUAUUAGCAAAUCAUUCCGGUUCGUUGCGGACAACUAUUUUUCGAUCAGUCUGUCGGCGCCCUAACUUUUCAUGGUCUUUUAUCCAAGACAUACUGAAUAAAUCGUUCUCGAAUGAACUAGGAGAACGCAGAAAGGAGACAUUCAAUAAAUUUGCACCUGUAGCUGCACCUAAAGAAAUUUAAACGUUUUUAGCGUACUAGAAAAUAUAUUGAUACACAAGAAGCGCACGAGAAACUUGGAAUUUUCGCGUAUCUUAGGGAAAAUGAUCAAUCCGUUAUCUACAGGUCGACUGAAGAUUUCUGUCAAAUUUCAAUGCUUUCGGUUCAGUAAAUUUUCUGAUGAUGGAUGAAUGAAUCACUCCAUUUCUUUUAUAUAAUUAUGGAUUAUUUCAAUAUUUAAGAAUUAAUAUAUUAUUUUAAAAUGUUAACUUUAUUCGGCUCUAAAAUUUUCGCAAUACAGAUAUUGAAAUAUUUUCAAAUAUAAUUUGAAAUUACAUUUCAGUACCUAAAUAAAAAAGAAAUGAAUGAAAUUUUGAAUAAUUUUAUAAUUUUAGUUAUGUGUAUCACACUGAAUAAAAAACGAAUUAUUCGAAAUAAUUGAAUAGUUCAAUCAAAUCUCUCAAUGAAGAUUUCUUUAUGAAUUUGUUUCUGGUCAAGAAUUCAUUAGAGCUAGUGUAUGACAAGACUAUUGACUACAUUGAUCAUAAGCCUGAAUAAAUAUAUUCCUAGCUGUAUUUUAUUGAAUGGAUAAAUCCCAUAUAUAUUUGCGACAAAAUAUAUAUAAAUAUGUAUUGCAAAUGUACUUUAUUUUUCUAUUCACAUUCAUAUUACAAACAACCUUUGCAUAAUCGAAUAAUGAAUUUAUUGUCAUCAAUCUCACAAUUAUUUUGAUCAAUGAAAUGAAUUUCACAAUCUCAUAUUUAAUUAGUUUUUAUGAAUCACUACAAAUAUGUAAAUUGAGAUAUACAUUUAUACAAUGUUAUGUAUUGAUAAAUUUAACUGAGAUAGCUUUGUAAGGUUUUCAGAGCAAUCAUCACAAACUACACUGUGAUUAUUAACUGUGCCUAAUUGUACAUCGUAAUUAUUAUUAUCAAGAAUGUAUUUGUAAUUUUAUCUCUCUGGAUUUCUAUUUUCACUCAUGUAAUCGGUUAUAAUGUCAAUCAAUUUGUUUAUAUGUUGUAUAUGUAUGUAUUGUUGUAUUCAUUGCAAUGAAUAAUUUAAAUCUGUUUAUCUCGUGAGAGCAUGAUUUGUUAUAAUAUUCAAGUUGGUGUUCACAGCAUGCGAUUACUGUUCAAAAAGUUCAAUUCACUCUAAAUUGAUGAUAAAUGCUACAUAAUAAAAAAAAUUCAAAUAGUAUUAAUACGCACAUAAAUUGGUAAAAUAUUAUUAUCAUCAUCUAUAUUCUAUAAUAUAGGCCUAAUAAAGGAAAUAAUUGUCUUAUAUACGUACGGGAUAGGAAAUUCACGUAUGGACGCAUCAUCACGUCUGAACUAGGUACUGAACUUGAAAUUUUGCAUAUAGAUUCUUAAUUUACCGAGGAUGUUUAUAGGCCUAUUCGAAAUUGUAAACAUUUUAGCAGGUCUAGUUUUCUGUUUGCCAAGUUUUCAAUUAGAGCCUUGCGGAGCUCGGAUUACCUGCUAAUAUUAUAAUAUCUAGGCCAAAUCUCAUAGCAUUCUAAUGUAGAAUACUAUUAAUUUUAUAUUAAUUCAUAAAUAUGAUUUUAUUAAAUUUGUAUUCAUGAAUUUCAAUUGUUUGUUAUCACAGUCCAACGCUGUGAAUUUAAAACCAUGAAAGUAAUCAUUGAAGUUUUCUAUCGUGUCUAACUUUUCAAGGCACCUCUCUCUGUUCACUGUUAUCGUCAAGAAAAGUUUAAAUGGAAGCGCCUGGUCAGUCUUAACAUUAUCAUUGCAGUAUUUAUAAUGGUUAUUGCUUUUAUAAAAAAAAAAUAGGAAAUCGAAUUUUUAUUUUUGUUGAAGCGAAACGCCAUAAGUCUAUUUAUUUAUUAACAGAUUUUAUUAUUAUAGCACUGAUUAUCUUGUGAAUUCUUUAUCAUGAAAAGUGAAAUUUAAUUCUGUACUAUCACACGUCGAACUUAUGAUUCUAAUCGAGUCAUGAUCUAAAUAGAAUAGGUGGUGUGAAGUAUUAUUCAUUAUACAUCAAUAUUUUACACUUCUAUCAUUAGUAGGCUAUAAUUAGAGGGCAUUUAAUUAGCAUUAUUUCUAUUUUCAGGUCCUUUGAAAUGAUUUAUCACAAUUGAUCACCAAGUUAAAGUAAUUAGAAUAGAGGGCAUUCAUUCACAUUAUUGAUAUUUUGAUACAUCACAGUGAAAGUACACUUCAAUUAUAGAGAUAAUUCUUGUGAGUCUUGUAGUGUGUGUGAGUUGGGAAAAUUCAAAAUGAGUCUGUUCUAAACAAAUACUGAAGUGAUAUUAGUGAUUAUUUUGUUGAAAUUCAGUAUUUAUAUUAUUUUUCACAACUGUUAAUUUCUGACGUUGCUCUUGCUAUUGUGAUACGAGUAAUGUGUUGUAAUUUGGUUUUUAUAAUUUCUGCAUGCAAUGAAUGAUAAUCAUUAUCAGUGUUCUAGUUAAUAGUUAUAGUUCUUAACCUAGGGUUACACUAUGUAGCAGAGCUACAAGUAGCUCAGCUAUAUAGCUCUGCUACAAGUUCAAAAAGUGACACUGGAGAUCUGCAAUUUUAUAUAUAGCAAUUUUAAGCCUAUUUUCUCUGCUAUUUAGUAGAAAAUGAGCUAUCCAAAAUUUUGGAUAGCCUAUAGCAGAACUAUAUAGCUCUCCAGCUACAUAGUGUAACACUAUCUCUAGACGGUUUUAAUAUUUAUUUUUGUCAGUUACGAUUGUGUCAUAACAGAUCUAGAUAAAUACAUAUUUUAUCUGUAUAACAUCUAGACACAUCGUCAAAGUACCUUUUGGACAAAAUUGGUCUGAACACUUCAUUGUCAAGUUAUAAAUAUUUACAAGGCAAUUUCUUGUCUUGUCUUGCCCAAUGAUUUUGAGGCUUAAUUGACAAAUUCAUCGAUCUAUUACUGUCAUUCAAUAGGGAUUAUAGUACUGUGAAUUCACUAAUGAUAGUACAGUAAUACCGUAUACUUUAGUUAAAGUUGAUUUAUCGAUUUUAUGGUUCGAAUUUUUGUAUAAAAAACUAUAUUAUAUAUUUUCAAUUUUAGUAUCAAAAAUUUUAUUUAACACUUUCUUUCAUUUCAUCUUGUUUGCAUUUAUCCUAUAUUGAGAUUACAAUACUGUAACAUUAUUAGAUAAACGUUUUGGAACUAACUUUGGUCUACAGUCUACAAAUUUAUCAAAUGGAAAUUCAAUUUAUUAUUCAUAUUUUCUUGAUAUUUGAGAAAGAUAGUGUGCCAAAUUUCAUUUAUUCUAUUUAAAUAUAUAGUUUAUCUCUUGAAUAUUGAUGGCUCACUGAAUAAAUUCAUAUCGAAAAACCGUUGGAUUUCAAUUAUUGUAGUCUAUUGUGUAAUUUUAAGAUAUUUAUUCAAUAUCAUUUUUGAUCUGAAUUUUUCGUCUAAACUUUUUUUAGAAAUGCAAUGUACAGUUUACUAUACUUUCUUGAUAAAUCUUAUGAAUAUUUGAUACUGUAAUUAGAUUGUUUUGCUCAAAGAGCACGAAUUUAUUGAUACUUAGAAUAAGAGAGUAUAUUAUAUUCAUUUAUUUUAAAUUUUUAUUCAGCUAUCAGUAAUUUAAGCAUAUAUUUUGUAUAUAGUUAAAAUGUAAAGUAUUUUAUUUUUUCGAAUUGUUGACACAAAAUGUAUAAUAUUACUUAUUUUAGUGUAAAUAAACGUUAUGUUGUGUGCA